AUGGCGGCAACGACGCUGGCGCUGAGCAGCGGGCACCAGAUGCCGGCGGUGGGGCUCGGCGUCUGGCGGAUGGACUCCUCCGCCCUGCGCGGCCUCAUCCACUCCGCCCUCCGCGCCGGCUACCGCCACUUCGACUGCGCCGGUACGCACCCGCGCGCCCGCCCGCCUCCUACUCCUGUCCAGUCUCUACCUCCCCACAUCGAAUCGAAUCCCCGCGACUCAUCUCCGCGCCGGCGGGGUUCUAUGCUGUGUUGCGGCGCCGCGGAAGUGGUCGAGGCGGCGGCACGGUUCGCACUGCGCGGUGGAGUAGAGUUGUGGAAUUCAGAUCAUGGGCAUGUAGUUGAAGCCUGCAAGGAUAGUCUGAAGAAGCUGCGACUGGAUUAUCUAGAUCUCUACCUUAUUCACUUCCCGGUAGCUACUAAGCAUACUGGAGUUGGCAUAACUCCCAGUGUGCUUGGCGACGAUGGUGUGCUUGAUAUUGAUGCCACUAUCUCACUGGAGACAACAUGGCAUGUAAUGGAAGAUCUUGUUUCCAUGGGACUGGUUCGCAGCAUUGGGAUUAGCAACUACGACAUCUUCCUUACCAGAGACUGCUUGGCGUAUGCCAAGAUAAAGCCCGCGGUGAACCAAAUCGAGACACACCCUUACUUCCAGCGCGACUCUCUUGUGAAGUUCUGCCAGAAGCAUGGAAUCUGUGUCACUGCACACACACCCCUGAGUGGCUCCACUGCCAACACGGAGCGGUUUGGCUCCGUCUCAUGCCUCGACGACCCUGUCAUCAAGUCUCUGGCGGAGAAGUACGGCAAGACGCCGGUGCAACUCGUCCUCAGGUGGGGCCUCCAGAGGACCACGGUGGUGAUCCCAAAGACCUCCAAGGUGGAGAGGCUGGAUGAGAACUUGGCGGUGUUUGACUUCGACAUCUCGGGCGAGGACAUGGAUAAGAUCAAGGCCCUUGACCGCAACUACCGCACCAACAAUCCAGCCAAGUUCUGGGGCAUUGACCUCUACGCUUGAUCGAUUCCACUGCAUGAUUUGCUUCCCGGACAGCACCAACAAGAAGUUACCAUUUCUUAGCUGAGACGAAAUUGAUUUCUAGAGGAUGUAUUUGCAACACCGCUGAUCAGUUCAUUGUCCGAUUCAUGCCAAUUAAUAUAUAUCCGGUUCAUUCUCAUGGUA